ACUUCUUCUCCCUCUCUUUGAAUUUUUUUUUUUUUUUCUCGUCUGCAUUCAAUUCUACCGAAUUCAUCAGUGUUCCUUUCCGUCGCCAGAGAGGAAGAGAGGCAUGGGAUUGAUCGUAGAAAGCGAAGACAACGACGUCGUUCUUGUGCCGCCGACUAAUUUCUCGAUGGUCGACGAAGGCGUUUACAGAUCCGCCUUGCCUCAACCGUCCAAUUUUGGCUUCCUCCAAACCCUAAAUCUUCGAUCCAUUAUAUACCUGUGUCCUGAGCCCUAUCCAGAAGAAAACUUGGAGUUUCUUCGCUCUCAGAAUAUUCAGCUUCUCCAGUUUGGAAUCGAAGGGAAAACGGAGCCUUUUGUACCUAUCCCCAAGGACACUAUCAUGGCGGCCCUCAGAGUUUUAAUUGAUGUGAGGAAUCAUCCUGUUUUGAUCCAUUGUAAAAGUGGGAAGCACCGGACAGGUUGUCUUGUUGGCUGCGUGCGAAAAUUUCAGAAUUGGUGCUUGUCUUCUGUAUUUGAGGAAUAUCAACGAUUUGCUGGCGUGAAAUCCAGAGCAACUGACAUGAGAUUCAUUGAAACAUUUGACAUUUUGUGCCUCAGACAAUGCCUUUACAGCAUCAUUUACCAGUACCAUGGAUAUGGUUCAAGAAAGAGGCGUUUACUUAAUAGAGAAGAGAACUUAAAGAAACCCCAGAUAACUUCAAUCUAGUAGAGCACUUGGAUAUACUCCAAGCAUAAUUUCAACUUUCGACCCAGGACAUUCCCCUUUUUUUAACUUUGGUUUCUGUCCGCAAGAGGUCCUUUCAUGUUGAAGUUUUCAUACACAGAAUUUUCUAAGGAUUCAUUAUAGGCACCUUUCAUUCUGGUCGAUCUAAACUGAUUCUUUGUUAGAUUUUGCAUAUAGAAGGAGAAGAGUCUGUCUGUGAAUCACAAGUUCACAACCGGCAUCUGAUAGGUUUUUUAGCCCUGUAACGCCAUAAGAAUUAUGGUGUGUUUACCGAAACUUACACAGAAAAUAUGAAACAAGGUUGAGUUCCAAAUCUCUUCCUUCCCUUGUAUUUUCUCGUAUCAUUUAUGUUCAUAGACAUUUUCAUGUAUCAUUUAUGUUCAUAGACAUUUUCAUGUAUCAUUUAUGUUUAUAGACAUUUUCAUGUAUCAUUUAUGUUUAUAGACAUUUUCACGUAUCAUUAUGUUUAUAGACAUGUAUCACGUGUAAAGAUACAUGAGUUCCUUUAGUUAAUCCAAAUCCUUAAAUCUUUAAUUGAACUAAAAUAUUUCAGUUAAU